AUGAAUCGAUCUCGUAGUCAAUUGGAUAUAUGUCAGAAUCGGCCAUUAUCGAUACACAAACCGGGUGUUGUGCCGUAUUCAUCGCAGAAUAUCUCGCCGAUCAGAUCGAAUCGUCAUAAAUAUGAAUUGAAACAAAAACUCUGGCCGAAACAAUCCGUCGAAUCAUGGUUUACUACUCAUUCCUUCGAUGAUCGCCGAGCAGUAUUUAGUUUUCUCAAUACACUUUAUGAUGCUGACGAUAAAUGUACGAAAAAAGACGAACGAACAGCAGUUGAACGUCGUCAGAAAUCGCCCGCGACUCGAUUAUCUAGUCGUUUAUCCACUGCGGUUGCUCAAUCGCCUAAUCAAUCUGCUCAGCGACGAUCAAGAAGUAAUCACGGACGCGAGAGUCGAGCAUCGAAACGCGAUCUUGGUGAAAUUCUCGAAUCACUAGAAAGUUUCCGCCCGGCAACUUCAGUACAAGAGAAAGGUAUUCAGACAUCGACGUUGUCUAUCAAUGGUGCGUUACCGGAUGUGAAUGGAGCGAAGCCGAAUCGAAAAAUCGAAAAAUAUACUAGACGAUCCGUUACAUCAUUAGACAAACCGGCAGAAAACGAACAGAAAGAAGAGACGACUGAAAAUGAGGAAAAUAAUAAAGUUAAUCGCCGCUAUUUAUCUCAAACAUGGCGUGUUAUUAAUCCUCGAGAAGAUAUGGAACCAACUGUACGUCCCGAAAAUAAUCGUUCAUCAUUUUUCAACUACACGAAAAAAGUCUAUCCAGAGUACUUUUUUAUUCAUCCCGAUUGGUAUUAA